AUGGAAAUUGCUGCUGCUGUUGCAACCAUCAUGCAGUGCCUAUGUGCACAAUGCUCGACCGUGCCAAAUUCUGAAAAAUUAAAUUCUCUCAGAAGACCAAAAGCUGCUCUGCAAAUACUAACAGAAAAGGCAGAACUCCUCGCCGCACGAGAAGCCGACAUGAAAACAAAGCUCGACGAGGAAAACAUGUUCCGUGGGAUGGACCCAUCUGCCGAAGUCAAAUUAUGGCUCAACAAUGUUCAUAAACUAAAUCUCGCCUUGUCUAGUUUCAACGGCGAAAUGCAGGCAAAGAAAAGGUGCCUUUGUGGAUGUAUCCCCAACUACUUCGCUCGACUAAAGCUCGGGAGCUACGUGAGCAAAACAAUCCACGAAAUCGAUAAACUCCUCGAGCAGAGCCGAAUAUUCAAUGAAAGCUCAUUGGUUAGAAUGCCGUCCGAGAAGGGUAAGCCUUUGCCUACUAGCUCGCUCGUCGGUGAGACUGCCAAAGCUGUUUUACAGCGCGCGUGGGAGUUUUUAACGGACGUAAGUACCGAAACUAUCGGGAUUUACGGUAUGGGUGGUGUCGGUAAAACAUCCGUUGUCAAAGAAAUCAACAACAAGCUACUGAAAGAUGAUGAAACUCAUUUCGACUUCAUCAUUUGGGUAACUGCAUCAAAAGACUCGAAUGUCGAAAAGCUUCAAAAGGACAUCGCGAAAGAGGUAGGUUUGUGCUUCGACGAAGAAGACAACGAGACGAGGCGGGCCCGCAAGCUGUCUGAGGCGCUCUGGCGGAGGCGGAAGUUUCUUCUGAUAAUUGACGAUUUAUGGGAAGCCUUCUCGCUCGAGAAUGUCGGGAUUCCUAUUUGCGGUAGCGUACGGGUGGGAAAAUUGUUAAUUACGACAAGGUCGUUGAGGGUCUGCCGGAAAAUGGAGGUCGAGCGGGAGAUAGAGGUCGGUGUGCUGACUCAGCAAGAGUCGUGGGACUUGUUUCGACAAAAAGUCGGCCAAGAGGUGGUACUAAAUUCACCGAAACUACACGAGCUGGCGAAGAAAGUUGCGAAGGAGUGUGGCGGUUUGCCGCUCGCGCUCAUCACGAUCGGCCGGGCGAUGAGAAACGAGCACAAGAUCAAAUAUUGGCAGACCGCAUUGAGCGAGCUGAGAAAUUCGACAGCUAGCAGCAUUGAGGGAAUGACUAGCCACGUGUUUUUGCAGUUGAGGUUUAGUUAUGACCGGCUGAGAGAUGAUGUGGCGCGCUCGUGCUUUCUUUACUGUGCUCUGUAUCCGGAGGAUCAUCUUAUCGAGACCGACGAGCUGAUCGAAUAUUGGGUUUGGGAGGGCCUCUUGGACGGCAUGCCGGGGGGCCACGUGGAUAAGAUGAAAAGAGGGGAGAUGGUACUGAACGAGCUCGUCAGCAGUUGCAUGCUGGAGAGUAGUUUUUCUUUUUCCCGACACGUGAGGAUGCACGACUUGAUAAGGGACAUGGCGAUCGCGCUCACGAGGGAGAACUCGAGCUUCAUGGUUAAGUCGGGCCGCGGGCUGCGGGCCCCACCGGAGGAGAGUCAGUGGGGCCUGGAUCUCGAGAGGGUGUCGUUGAUGAGAAAUGACAUAAGCUCGUUGUGCUGCGAGCCCGACUGUCCCAAGCUCCGGACAUUGCUGCUGCAGUACAACUCGAUCGAGAAAGGGGUCCUCCCGACUUUCUUCAGGCGAUUGAGAAAUAUCGAGGUUCUCGAUUUGUCGUACACGGGUAUGGAUAAUUUGCCCGACUCGAUUUCCCUACUCGAGAAGCUACGCGCUUUACUGUUACGGAGCUGUUGGAACUUGUCGGCCCUGCCGAGUUUUUCGAAGCUCGAGAAAUUGAGAGUCUUGGAUCUCACUUACACACCGGUAGAACGCUUGCCGGAAGGUAUGAACGUGCUGAACGAAAUCCGGCGAUUGGGCCUGUCCUAUACGAAAAUUUCCAACUCCCACACUCUUCCUUUUGCAAAUUACAGGUUCUUGGAGAGUCUUUCCUUGUUAUGCUUACCUGGGCCCUGUAACGGGCCCGGUAACGGGCCAUCACUAGCAGAAGCUUUAGUGAGAUGCAGCAACAGUUUGGUCGAACUCGAAGUUAGCUUCGGUUGCAUGCAGGAAUUUAUUCGGUACAUCACGUCUGGCUACUGGGGCUGGCUUGAUAAUUUCAAGUUCUUUGUCGGAUUUUCAGCUUCGUCAUCCGUGCACGUGGGGAAUAACAGCAUUGCCUUUUCUGGGGUCGAUAUAAACGAGACGCCUAGGCCCGUUUGGCUCCCGGAUAAAAUUCUCGAGCUGGCAAUUGACACUUGCUCGGGUAUUACUCACUUGCCGGUUUUCAUAACUUCGGCUGCUUCCAAGUUACAACGCUGUAGAAUUCAAAAUUGCGAACAAAUGGAAUUUGUGCUCAUUGAGGAAUCAUCAUCCAGCACUUUGCCGAACUUGGAGUUGAUGGAAAUCGAAGGUUUGAGCAAGUUAACCAGAAUAUGUAGAGGAAUUUUGCACGAACGAACUCUUGCUAGCCUUCGAGUAUUGCACGUUAGAGCAUGCAAUGGACUAAAGGCUCUUUUCACACUCGAAUUGGGACUGCAGCUGAAAAACCUUGUCGAGAUAAAACUCGAAAACUGCGAAAAAGUUUUGGAGGUAAUUGCAGCAGGCGAAGAAGAGCAAGAAGGAGAUGUGCAAAUAGUUUUUCCGGGUUUGCAGAUACUAAAGUUGAGUUUUUUGCCUGAACUUAAGCACGUGAACCGAGGAGUAAUGGUCUGUGACUCGUUAUUGACCUUGGAGGUUUACAGGUGUCCAGAACUGACAAUUUUGCCCUUUUUUGUCGACAUUAGGGACGAGCUAGUUGACUCCCUUAAGCAAAUACGAGGAAGUAAAAAGUGGUGGAGAUGUAUAACGGGGAAUCAUGAGAAUGCCGUUACUCGAUUAGAGCCGGCUUUUGAAGAAAUUAACGAUGGCGAUGAUUCUGAUGAUGAUGAUUCAUCGGUGUGUAGUGAUGGAUCUGAACUCACUCCAAGAUGA